AUGACCUCAAUAUCAACAUCCACUCUCCCCACCAUCACCCGCUCCACCUUCAUCAACAGCACUUUCACCGAUCUCACCCCUUCGGACACCAUCACCCGCAGCGAUCUCUGCGACGUGACAAUCACCUGCUCCGGCAGUGCCAAAACCCCCACCAGCCUUCUCCGCUCCGCCCUAACAUCCUGCAUCGUCAAGCACUCAUCCACUUACCGCUCCAAGCUAAACCACACCACCCUCACUAACGCCAUUGUCUCCCGCACCGAAGCCACGCAUACCUCUUUCGACAUCUAUACUUACUCGCACCGGAGCACCCUUUCCAAUGCGAUUCUCCACGAUCGCGCCUCUGUCAAGCGCAGCAAGGUGAAAGAUGCUAGUUUGUUGGGCGGGAGUUCUCUCUGGCGGAGUAAUGUGUCCAAGUGUAUGAUCGCGGAUGGGUGUCGGGUGCAGCGGUGCAAAUUGGUGGAUUGUGAGGUGAUGUGUUGUGUGCUGGUGAAGACGGAUCUGGAGGGGAUGGUGGUUAGGAAUGGGGUUUGGAAGGAUGGGGUGUUGGUGGGGAGGGUUAGGGAGGGAGAGGAGGUGGUGGUGUUGAAGAAGGGGGGUCAGGGGAAGAUGCAGAUUCCUGUUGAUGAGAAAAAGUUGGAUAGCAAGGAUGUAAAGUACUGGUUGGAGGAGGAGAGUUCGGACGAAGAGGGGGCGAGGGAGAUGUCGCCGCCGCCGGCGUAUACGGCGUAG